ACGUAACAAGCAGAACGUAGUUACAGCAAUUAAAAUGUCGCACACUUACAGUGCAGACAAAUAUUUAUGCAAUUAAAAGCAAAUAAGAGACACCACAUCUGCAAAAUGGAAGAAAACUUGGCAAUUGACAACCGACGUGUAGCGGAAAGCACAUUUAAAGAUAUCCUCAUUAGUCCAAACAAUGAUGACGUCAUCAUUCCAAUCAGUGCGACGUUCGACAAAGCCGUAUUACACAUUGGUAUAGGAAACGAAUGUGGUAUAUUUAUUGAGAAGUUCGUUGCGAAGAAUGGCAAGGAGUUGAAAACUUCAGUGAAAUAUGCCACCCGAAAGUUCACAGAUGCUCGUUAUCAAAGAAAAAACAAAGGUGAAGACCUGAAAGCAAGUAAAAGUGAAGCUAUUGAAAAGAUUGUAGGUGAAAGUGCUGAAAGGUUUUCGAGAGAAUUCCCAAGUAUGAAAGAGAUCGAUAGACAACUGGCUAAGCUAUAUGACCACCUUAUGGUUAAGGCACCAAAGGAAAUCAAAAAUGCUACGGAUACAAUAUCUGACACGAAUCUUCUGAAAGAAAACAAAUCUAUAAAAAUCGAAUGCGACAUUGCUGCCACUGAUGAAUUUAUUCAAUCGACGAUAAGGAAAUUUUUCACAUCUGAUAUCAAAAGUGACUUACGGCGAAAACCAAGGCACGAAGAAGGAAUUGACGGAAUUACUUCACCACGCUCUGAUUAUCUAAACCUAAAUGAGCCAAAUAUGAACAUUUAUUUGUAUAAACAUAACGAAAAAAGUUUAAAAGCAAAGAGGACAAUUUCAUUUGAAGCCAUUGAUAAAGCAUAUGAAAAUGAAAUGUUAGGGAUUGCAAUGGAUAAAGAAUCAGGUGCCUAUAAAGAAAAUUGCAUUCGGCCAAUAGGCUUUCCACCCGCAGAAGAUAUGCAUGUAUAUCUGGAUGAAGUAUUCGUAAUCUCAAAACGAGGCUCUCAUAUGUUUGACGAAGAUGUACCAGCAACUACAGAGAAGAGAUUAAACGACAAACUACUAGAGGAUGUAUUCGGAAGCGAUCCAGCGAGUUUAGUUAUAGAUAUCAAUAAAGAUAACAAAGUAGCAGACUUCAAUUUAUUUGGAGAGGUUUUAGACAAAGACCGAUGUUGCCCAAUGUCAUCUGAUACAAUUGUAGAUAGAGCAGCCAAUAAGGACAACAAUACUUUUGCUGAUAUCGAGCCGGGUACGUUUGAAUUAGUUAAUUCAACAAUUAUAGAUAUAGAUGCAAUUGAUGAAAUGUCAGACGGUGAUACACUAGAUAUCUUAGAUAUAGAAUCGGAUGACGAUAUUGUCAACAUCGAAGCCAUGGCUCUUCAAGAACAAGACGAAGUAGAUAUUUCAUUAGCAAGGAAUGACACUGCUGACAACACUACUAACGACAACGAUAUGGUUGACGAUGAUGAUAAACUGUUUGGUAUCAUGAACAUCUACGUAAAGAGUGAUCUACACUUCGACUUAAACAACAUACCAGCAUUAGCCGAGCACUGUGACCAGAAGAAGGACUUUGGAUAUAAAUACUUUUCAUUUUCGACUUUCUUUAAAUAGGGAAAUAAAUAUUUGAAAGAUA